UGCCUCAAAGAAGGGAAGAUGGCGGACAGUUUGGAAAGUUCAUCGGCCGAGGCGUUAAUGGUGUUGAAGAAUGGACUUCAGGGGAGUUCUGCUGCCUACCAGCACCUGGAGCCCAUAGAGUCUCACAAAUUCCCAGGAACGAAUUUCCUUAUCUCAGAGGAAAUUGCUAUGGAUACUGAUGCUUUACAAGAAGAUAUUCAGGUCAGUGACACGGGACAGCAGGGUGAGGCUGAGGAACUCCUAUCUUCCGAUCCUGAGACAGCUGGUUACUCAGACGAAGAAGCCGAUGAUCCUGAGAUCACAGUGAUAAAGGAGGAGGAUGUAGAGGAGGAAGAGCAAGGGAAGCCAGAGCCAAGAUACAAUCUGUCUCGGGUUCGAAAGAAGAACCGAUUCUAUUUCAACGAUGACGAGGAUACAGCCUUCGCCUAUUGCCGCCACAUCACCCCACGGAAGGUUCCGCAGCAUAAGCAGCUCCCGAAGCCGAUUGGUCUCAGCUCACCCGACAAGAGAAACGCCAUGCAGCUGGGGAUGCAGAUAAAAAAUCUACUGAAGCUACCAAAAGCUCACAAAUGGGUUUACCACGAGCUGUUCUACUCCAGUUUGGACGCAGUGCUGUUCAAUGGUGAGAAUGAGUUCUGCAUGUGUGUGCGGGAGUCGUUCCCACGACUCAAAGGCAAGACACUCACAAAGGUGGAAUGGUGCAAGAUCAGGCGGUUAAUGGGAAAACCUAGAAGGUGCUCGCCUGCGUUCUUUGAGGAGGAGCGCGAGGCGCUGCACAAGAAGCGGCAGAAGAUGCGGCUGCUGCAGCAGCAGACGCAGAUGGACAUGAGGCACCUCAAGGACCUGCCGCCGGAGAUCCCCAUGCCGCUCGUCAUCGGAAACAAAGUGACAGCGCGGUUACGACGGCCCCAGGAUGGUUUGUUCACGGGCGUCAUUGCCGCUGUCGACACGCAGAACCACACCUACCGCGUCGCGUUUGACCGCAUGCAGCUCGGCACACACGACAUACCCGACUACGAAGUUGCAAGCAAUAACAAUCUGGAGAGGAUCCCAAUAUCAGCCUUCGUGAAGAAGCGGCCGCGUCUGCCUCCCUUCUUCUCCCCGAUGAAGUCUCCGGAAGGGUUGAAGCUGGUAGUUAUAAGUACUGUAUCUCUCGCCGAGAACGACCUGAAUUCGGCCGAGUUUACGUCGAUGAAUGACACGGUGAAUGAAGUGAAGCACGUGCUGGAGCCUCCCAACCAGAGAGUGUUUCAGAACCACGUCGAGAUCCACUUGAAUCACAUCGAGACGAGAUUAUCGAAAAUCCUUAUGGUGAAGAAAGAGUGCAUUUCUCAGCUGAAGGACAUGAAUGCGGAAGCCGAGAGAAUGGACUCCUACCAGGAGCCGAUGACUCGUGAUUUCCAACGCCGCUAUGCAAGUCUCGUCCUCAAGCUGGAUAAACUCAACCGUGACCUGAACGAGCACAUGACCGGAGUGUUAACCUUCUGUCAGCAGAUUGCUCCAGAGCACGGGUUGGAGGCGGCCAUUGAGCAGCCGAUCGAAGUGAAGAAGCGGCUCAACGAGAGUUCUACGGACAUUGUGCGCCGGAUCAACUCGCAGUACCACGUGAAGGCCGCCAGCACGAGCGAGCUGGUGACAAAGCUCACCUCACUGAUGCUGCACAUACAGGUAUGCCCUCACCUGCUGGCACGAGCGAGCUGGUGACAAAGCUCACCUCACUGAUGCUGCACAUACAGGUACGCCCUCACCUGCUGGCACGAGCGAGCUGGUGACAAAGCUCACCUCACUGAUGCUGCACAUACAGGUACGCCGUCAC